GCGCGGGGAGCCCCCACCGACGGCAGUGCCUCGCCGCGACUCGCCCGCGCCACACGCCGCUCCGCGCUGCGCCACUUCGCCGUCAUUACCGCGCGAUACUUUCACGAAACGAGAAACCGAGUUAUGCGCGGCGUAAACGCAACCGCGACCCCUGCCGCCCCCCGCCCCGGCGCCGCCCCCUGAUCCCGAUGUCUCCCAGCCUCGAGGGCAUCAUGUUCAACCGGAGCACCAACCUGUCGGCGCGGCGCCCGCUCCUGGAGACGUGCCGCGGGCAGGCCGUGGUGCAGCCGCCGCGCGCGCCCCCCCGCGACCCCUACCGGCCCCCCGUGGUGCCCCGGCUCGUGCCCGACUACCCCCUCGACAACUACCGACCCGACUACUGGAAGCCAUCGAACGUUGAACUCGAGAAACGACUGCAGGAAGCUCGCGCGCGCGACAAAGUCGGCUACUUUCAAGGCAAAGUAGCGCCCCCGGACUUGAGUUUGGACCGGAGAGAGGCGGAGCUGGUGUUCCGCUUCGACCCUCACGCGUCGGCGGAGUACCUGUCGUCGCAGCCCCGGGCGCCGGCCCCAGCGGCCCCCGUGCGCGCGCCCCCCGACGCUGACGGGCCCUUCGUGUUCGGGGUGCACAGCCCCAGCCAGUUCCCGCUGCGGCGGCCCGACGAGGACUACGACUACUCGGAGGUGGCGGAGGAGCCGCGCCUCCGCGACGACGUGUCCGAGGACCUCAACUGCUGUGAUAGAGUCAACGAGUGGGCCGUGCGCGCCAAGUCCAAGAAGGCGAGAACUUUGAAUCGUAUGUUUCAGAUCAAAGACAGGAGAAAGGUUAAAUGUGGCAAGAAGGAGAAGAUAAAGUGUGUGUUGGUGGGUGACGGGGCCGUGGGCAAGAGCUCCUUGAUCGCUGCGUACGCGCAGGACACGUUCAGUGAGGAUUACCAGCCUACAGCAUACGACACAUUUAAUGUGGCGGUGGACGUGGACGAUCGCCGGGUGACGGUGGAAAUCUGUGAUACUGCGGGGCAGGACUCGAUGUCCGGGCUCCGCGCGCUCUGCUACCCCGGCACUGACGUGCUCAUGCUGUGCUUCAGCGUGGUGCGGCCGGAGACGUUCCGCUCGGUGGCGCGGCGCUGGGCGGGCGCCGUGGCGGCCGUGCGCGCGCCGCUGCUGCUGGUCGGCACCCAGAGCGACCUGGCUUCUGACGCGAGGGUGCUGCAGAACUUGAGAGCACGCGGGGAGCAUGUGGUGACAGAAGCAGAAGCAAAAGCCCUGGCUGCGAAAAUUAAUGCGACCUACAUCGAGACGUCUGCUAAAACCAGAAAACAGCUGAAAGACGCGUUUGACGCCGCCAUCUUGGCCGGCUUACCAGUUGUAGCGGGAAAAAGGCCGCGCUGGAAAAGUCUAUUUUGUCUAUGCUAGGCAUAGUGAGGUCCAACCAUAGAAUAUUAUUAUUAAGUCUAUGGUAGGUACUAACGUUCGCACUUGAAACCGUACAUUUUGUGAUCAAAUGCCGUCAUAAGUGUCUUCGUGUCGUGAUUUUCGUGCUUCCUUUAGAUCACAAAAUUCGUGUUAACUUUUAGCUCUUUCAUACCAUAGAGAUAAUUUACAGAAAGAGCUAUCCUUACCAUUCGUGACUUAUACCUACAACAAUCGUGAUUUUUAGUGCCUUGACAAAACUCGUUUCGAGUCAAAUUUUACGAUAGAUGUAGAAGUUUUUUUUAAAGAACAACGUGUUCAAGUUAUUAAUUUCGAUUUGAUAUCUACGAAUACGAAUAGUAUGUGCAUAAGAGAAGGAUUAAUUUUGUUGAUGAGGGUACAUAGUUAAUUGUUGAAGUAAAAUUUUAAAUCAAUUUAAAACAUGAGUCCUUACCUGUGUAGGUACUUAAAUGAAAAAUUGUUUUCAAACUUGUAUUUUUUUCUGCCUGCUCCAGCCUGCUCUAUCUUUUCUAUCUAGUAGAGGUAGUUACUUACUACUUAUAGGUGAACCUAGCCUGAACCUACCCACAUAGGUAUUUUUAUACUUUUAAGCUAGUUUAGUAGUAGAAAUUAAGAACUAGUAGCUUUGUUAUGUAUGAAUUAUGAAUGUAUAUAUCGGAUCUUUCAUUAAUUGUUGUAACGAUACUCAACAUGAACUGAUAAUUAAGUGUAAUCUAUUAUUAAUAAAUAUUUUUUAUGGUUUCA